CCCAAUGGUAUUUACACACAGACCAGCAACGGGCACACCAGCAAAGGCGUAAAAAAAGGAGAAAAAAUUAGGAUAAUGCUGCGAAUAUAAACAAAGGAUUGCGGAAAAAGCGUUUUACACAAGAUCGUUGGCACUUACCCAGCAGGCAAUGAGUUUUAAUUUCUACGUGGAAUCGUUCAAUUCAACGUUGCAGUCGAUUGCGCGACAAGUGGAGCAAUUUGCUGGCGUUGCACUGAAGGCAGCUGUCGAUCUGCGCGGAAAUCUGGAAUCCCUGACCGGAGAUUUUCACUGGGAAAACGGACCCAUCGCCUUCACCGAUCUGCAGGCCACGCUGCUGAAGGUGCUCAUCGUCCUGCUGCUGGGCACCUGCGUACUAGCCGGCUACUCGUGGUCCGUUUACGGCCAGGUCAUCACGGAGAAGUUUGUCAGGCCAAGCACGCUCAAGGAAAUCGAGGAGCUUAAGUUGUCGGUGGCCAAGUUGAAGCUGCCCAAGGAGCACUCGCCGCGCAUCUAGAAACCAUGUCUAAGAUUAAGAAGUUCUUUUCGCGGAAGAAGGCGGAGGCGGCGGCCUUUAAACUCAAGUUGACUGGCAGCAGCAUGGGCACCGGCCACAAGCUGAAUUCCCCUAACCAGGAGACUCCUUCAACCAGUUCCCGCCAAAAGUACGAGGCCUAUGUGCCACCAAAGCGAAAUGAAAUAAGUAACGAGGCCAGGGCAGCUGCCAGUGCGGCACUGGCUCGCAUCGACAAGAAAACAUCCAGGGAAUUUAACACCUCGCUGUCGGCAGUGAAGGCACAGGCUAAAAGGGAGCUGGAGGCAGAGCGUCGCCAGAAGGAGGAGGCAGUGGGCCUGGCAUCUAGCACCAGCACAUCCACAUCGGCUUCCGGCGGCGACACUCGCAACCUCGCCUGCGAAGGCGUCUUCUUCCGCUGCCCCCUAAUCAGCGAGGAGAUUUUGCCCAAGAGCGUGUGGAAGGGCCGCAUCAAAGAGUUCCUCUAUCAGCAGCUGGAGGCAGAUCGCGGGCUCACCGCCUGCCUGAUCAUCCACAACUGCAAUGUCAAGGAGAAGGCCGACGAGUGCAUUGCCACGCUAAUCCGAUAUCUGGAGAAUCUAAUCAAGAAUCCCGAGGAGGAGAAGUUCUGCAAGAUACGGAUGUCCAACAAAAUAUUCAGCGAGAAGGUGCGCUACGUGGAGGGUGCCUUGGAUGUCCUGCAAGCAGCCGGCUUCGCCGAGGUUCAGAUCGAUGAUGAGCCCUUCCUUCUGUGGACCAAGGAGCAGACGGAAAAGGAUCUCGACUUGCCCACGCUUGUGGAAGCUCUCAAAAACUCUGAAACCAUUCCCCUGGAGUUGGAUCGCAACAUCAAGGUCCUACUCCCGUCGCAGGCACGUCGUGUUGUCCUGCCCGACGAAUUCUACCGCCUGGCGCCGGAGGAGAUCAAGAAAGAGCAACAACUACGUUCCGAGGCCAUUGCCCAGUCGCAGAUGCUGAGGACGAAGGCAAUGCGGGAGCGCGAGGAGCAGCGCAAUUUGCGCAUGUAUCGAUACGCUUUGAUCAGGGUUAAAUUUCCCAAUGGACUCUUUAUACAAGGCACUUUCAAUGUGUACGAGAAAAUAGCCGAUGUGUUCGAGUUUGUGCAAUCUUGCCUGGCCGAUGAAAGCCUGGACUUCAGCCUGGUGGUUACCAGCGAUGGCAAACUAUGCGACGAGGACCUCGAAAGGACACUGUACGACUGCAAACUCAUUCCCAACUCUCUGCUGCUGUUUAGCGCAAAUGAAGUGCCCGCUCCCGUGCAAACGGAUAUGAACUACUUAAAGGAAGAUCUUCUAAUGCUGGUGCAGGCUAUGUAGAAGUGCUUUAACCCAUCUAUUCAGCGGUAUUUGUCCCUUGCAAUGUAACGGAGCUGUUGUUAUUUAUUACUUUCAAAUCUAUUAUUCAAAUUAUAGAAUUGUAUGCAAUUAUAAAGGCACUUUUCAAAAUAUA